GGCAAGGUCCCACUACCAAUAGCAAAGAGGAUUGGAGUAAACGCCUUUCACGGAGAUGUGGACAAGCCUCGCCAUAGCGACUUUCUGCACCUCUCCACAAACGCGUCCAGAUUCAGUAGAGGAGUAUGGACAAGAGGAGAAGAAGAGGAGGAGAAUAGGAGAAGAGGAGAAGAGGGGAAGAGGAGAAGAGGAGCAGAGGAGGAGAAGAGGAGAAAAAGAGGAGCAGAAGAUGAGGAGAAGAAGAGGAGAAGAAGAGGAGAAGAGGAGAAGAGGAGGAAGAGAAGAGGAGGCGAAGAGGAGGCGAAGAAGAGAAGAGGAAGAGGAGAAGAGGGAGACUAGAGGAAGAAGAGGACGAGAAGAACAGACGAGGAAGAGGAGAGGAGGAGAAGAGAGGGAGGAGGAAGAGAUCUUCUGCGACUCGACGAAGACGGACCCGAUUUCAUGGUUCCGCAAGUUCGAGCUCACGUUGCAGCUACACUACGUCAAAGAACACAAGCACCACGGGUACUUAUACUCCCGCUCGGGGGGAGCGUGCCAAGCAUGGUUGGACAAUCUCUUGUCCAAGUACGGAGUGGCAGCUGCCAACUUGCAUACCAAGAUCAGCUGGGAUGAUCUAAAGGCGGCGUGGCAUAAGCGGUUCCAAGUAGAGCCGCCGAAGAUCAAGGCAAUGGAUAAGCUGAUGGUCUUCGAACAAGGCACGCUACCGAGUGUUGAUUGGAUUGCCGAGUACCAACGCUUGACAUCCGUCCCAGACAUUCAAAUGGGCUUCAAAGCCAUCAAACACUACUUCAUCUCGAGGUCGUGUCCGACGUUGGGCAAUGCCUUGACUCACUUCGAGGACACCCUGAUGACACCGGCAGAACUCUUCGACAAGGCCGCGCAGAUUAUUGUCACGAACAAGCAGGCCAAGAAUCUCCAGCGUUCGUCUGCGCCAGGCCUGAGCAGAGAUCGGCAUCGGCGGAAACUGGCCGUGGUCGCAGCGACAAGGCCAAACGACCAAACUAGCGAGGCUGUGUCUGCCAAUGAAAGGGACAGACUCGCAACCGCUCGGGAAGGUGGCCGCUCCGACAAAGGCAGAGGACGCGGCAAGGCGAAGACAAACACCGCAUCUAGCCCCGGGCCCGGCGCAGCAGCUCCAGCCCCAUGGCAAGGGCAAAUCGGGAAACUGAGCACCGCCAGGAGUGACUCGACGACACUCUCGACGCCUUCGAAACCGGUCACUUCGCGGGUGACCGCCCUUCGUUCCGAGGCACAUGCGGAAGUCGAUAGUCCUCCUCUUCUUUAUUCUUUUGAGGAUUAUGUUGCCCGACAUGUUCCUACGCUGGGUACUCAUGCUCAAGGACAAGACGUGUGUGCCGCAUCUUCUCCGUCCGGCAGCGACGACUUAUCGUCUUCAAGUGGUUCUUCACGGGAUUCGGCGCGCGAGUUCAACAUGGAGGUAUUGGACCCCCUCACGUCUGAGGAUUUCGCAUGGCCUCCUUUCCCGACCACGGGCUGCUUGUCGGGACCGCAAUGCACAACACUAUGCGCUCAUCUUCACACAUACUUAUCCUUCUAUGCACUACCAACUUCGUCGACGGAUGACGAAGUCACGGUGGGGGACAUCCUUGCGUUUGUUACCAAGGUGGCCCGCGAGUUUCGCAAUCAGCGGUACGACGACAACAACGCACCGCUCCUGUAUGUCCGCAUCCAAGUUGGGCAAGCGUCUUGCAGUGCUUUGCUGGAUAGCGGCGCGUCUUGCAAUUUAAUGAGCCAAGCUUUUAUGCAAAAGGCUGGCCUUUGCGCACCAGUUCGAAGGAAGGCAAAACCGACGACGAUCAAGUUGGCGGACGGAAGGACGCAACAACUUAUCGACCGCUACAUCGAGGCCGUACCGGUGUAUUUCGCACCUCAUGCAUGCGAAGUGGUGACAUUUGACAUUUUGGACACGGACUUCGACAUUAUUUUGGGAAUGCCUUGGCUUGCAAGUGCGGAUCAUACGGUCAACUUCCACCGGCGGACUCUUACCGUUCGCGACGCCUUCGGUGCCGAAGUGUCGUGUACUAUUCCUCUUCCGCACCCUUCGAUUUGGUGCCAAGUGGUGAUGGCCAAGUCAUUCCGGGCUACUUGUGCUUACGAGCAGCUCGACGAAAUCGGCCUAUGUUUUCUACGGACCAUUGCGGUAGCCGACUCUUCACCCACGGACUUGUCUUCGGACCCCCGUGUGGUGUGGUUGCUUGACGAGUUCGCCGACAUCUUCGAGUCACCUACCGGUAUGGUGCCGGAUCGGCGGAUCUCUCACGAGAUCGUUCUUGAGGCCGGUGCUGUACCGCCGAAAGGUUGCGUUUAUCGCAUGAGCGAGGAGGAGCUUACGGUCCUUUGCGCGCAACUCGAUGAUGUUCGUCCCUAGUAGCUCUCCAUACGGAGCGCCUGUUCUCUUCGUACGGAAGAAGAACAAAGAUCUACGAUUGUG